AUGGAGAACUCCGACAAAAAUCGAAAAGGUGUACGGACACGAGCCAAAAGGAAUGACAAUGUGGAGAUGGAUGCAAUAGAUAAGACGUGCGGCAGUGACACUAGUGGUGUCUCCAUGGCCCCCACUGCACAUUUGUCAGACAAAAGGCAAUCUCAUGAGUUGGAGAUGUGUAAACUGAGAGUAGAAAUGCAAAAAGAGAAGAUUGAUGAGCUGACUAAAGAAAGAGACUAUCUAAAGGAGCAACUGGCAUCAGCUCUGAAAAAAGACAAAGGUUCCAGCAAGGCGAUUUCCCUGUCUUCAAAUUCCUCUAAUGACAGCUCGGUUGAAUCUUCCUCUGAUGCUUUGUCAGACACCUCGACAUCCUCAUCAGAGGUGAACAAGAAGCAGAAGAAGGUGAAUAGAAAGGUGAAAGAAAAAAAGAAUGUGAAGAAGUCAAAGAAAAUGGAAAUGAAGUCAGGGCAGAGAGCCCAAACGCCACAGCAGGUGGUUGCCCGAUAUAAAAAAAUCCUCCGGCACUUCAGUAGAGGAGGGACCAUGUCAUCUGCUCUCAAGCAUGUUGGGGUGGACCGGAACACAAUUGUGGCCAAUGCUCCAAUUGCUGAGCUUUACAUCGCUGUGCCUAACAAGUUUAAGGAACUUGUUCAAAACCAUAGAAGCCGGGAUAAACUUAGUGCUUUUGCCACACAAUGUGCUGCUGAAAUUCAUGAAAAUCAAUCCAUUGAAGAGACUGUCAGUGCCUUGAAAAGUUCCAAUAAGCUGCUGCCCAUACAAAGAAAGGGAAUUUAG